AUGGGGUGGAUGAGCCCUAUGUUUAGCUGCGCUGAUCCGUUGGAGCGUGAUCAGUUUCUUUCCACCUCUCAUGCAUGCCCAACCACUGCACUCAUGUCCAACCUCGCAUCGCCUUCCAUCCGCAAGCUCGCCGCCACCACAUGUCGGCCGGCCGCAGUGGCCGUGGGCACCCACUCACGACGUCUGCACUCUGCUCCCGUUCUUCCCACGUCGUCUUGCCCCGCCUUACCUCCUCCUCCUAACACAUCUCGUUGCGCUGCUUCUUCCGCUUCCCGCGCAAAUGCAUGCACUGCGCACGCGCGUACCUCCCCGCUCGACUGCGCGCCCGCUUCCCUCCGGAGCGCUGCGCUGUCGCCCCUUGCAUGGGGUCAGAAGGACGAGGGGGCGCGGCGGCAGCUGCACGGUGGAGGGCGGAUCGUCGAGUGGCGAGGAGCGGAGCAAUGCGGGCGAGGGGACGGCGAGUGGCAGUGCGAGGUCGGGGCGGUGGGGAGAAGGAGGGCGCUGGCGGCAGGCGCAGGCGUGGCGGUGGGCGCGUGGGGCAGCGCGUGUGUAGCAGGCGGGCAACGCGAAGGUUUAGCGGAGGGGGUUUUGGGUCCGCUACCGGAGACGAUUCAUGCGAGCAUCGACGCGCAGCGGAUGGACCCGCAUGGGCGAAUCAUCAUUGUAGGCGAUGUGCACGGGUGCCAUGCGGAGUUGGAGGCACUGAUGGAGCGCUGUGAGCGCAAGGACGGGGACGUGGUGAUACUGGUGGGGGACAUGGUCAACAAGGGGCCGGACUCGCAUGCAGUGCUGCGCAUGGCGCGCAGGAUGGGCGCAGUGGCAGUGCGUGGCAACCACGAUGACAAGGCGCUUGCCGUUGCUGCCGCCGCUGCCGCUGGCAAGUCGAAGCGGUGGCGCAACACCAAGUGGCCCAGUGACCUCUCGUCCACGGAUCUUGACUGGCUCCUCUCGCUGCCCUUCUCCAUCCGCAUUCCCUCCCACAACUGCCUCGUUGUGCACGCGGGCCUUGUGCCCGGCUCAGGGCUCAGUGAGUGGGACGCACACGACUGGCUUGUGUCUGGGGGGGACAGCAGCAGCGGCGAGGGGGAGGAGGCCAAUGGGUGGUCGCGGGGGUGGGGUUGGGAGGCGUGCAAGGCUGCAGAUGAGGGGGCGGUGCUGUGGAGCCAUGAGUGGCGUGGCAGGGAGCACGUGGUGUUCGGCCACGAUGCCCUCAGGGGCCUGCAGAGGACUCCCUGGGCGACAGGGCUUGACACGGGGUGUGUGUAUGGGGGGCGCCUCACAGCGUGUGUGCUGCCGUCACUUGCACAGCUGCAGCAGCUGACGCACGCGCGUGCAGCAGAGCAGCGCAAGGAGGGGCACAAAGGUGCGGUGCGCGUGUGGCCCAUGCUGCAGAUUGUGUCUGUGGCGGCGCAGUGGCAGUACGCCGUUCCCAAAGUCAAGGGGCGCAAAUGA